CCUUCCCCCAUAGGCCCGCCUCCCAGUCAUGGGCGCCGCCUCCCCUUCCUGCAUCCCCGUCCCGAGCGCCGCCUCCAGGCUCCAGAGUCCAGCCCUAGCCUUUGCCCUCGCCAUCGCCCCCACAAACAAACCCGUUUCCAUCUUAAGGCCACGCAGCACGAAUCUCAACACACGGUGAAACGUUAAAUACCCCAUCGGCCAACCCAACCAACCCCCACACGACUCAAACCUCCCUUCCUCCCGCCUCGCUCUCUUUCUCCUUUCCCCCUCUGCCUCCCGGGGGACGACCUGAGCGAGUACAAUCCUUCAGGCCAUGGCGCGGCCGAGAGUCGACGCCGACUCCAUCCACUUCGGCGACCCCGCCGCACUUCAGGGUCGAGACCGCGUGUCUUGGGGGUUCCUCUACUCGGAACCAGUGGAGAUCGUGCCCGCGUGUGCCGUGCAGUUCGCCGACGAGCUCAGGAUUGUCGAGAUCACCUCCACCACUUCCCUCGGCCUCCCGCCUGGCACUCCCCUCGAGCCUACGUUCCGCGACGCGAUUCUGGCCGCCGCGACGGCCCGAGCAACCGCCUCCGUUCGGCAGUUCUACCAUGGUUUUGUCGACAGGGACAUCGUUGAGGAUAGGGAGAUCGUUCAGGUCAGCCCCGAAUCGGUCCUCAAUAUCGAGGCUGAUUUGCCUGGAAUUACCACCUGCGGGACCUACAGUGGCCGUACUGACAUGGUUGCGGACAGCUUUAGAGCUCAUAUUAUGGUCGCUGUACGGGGGAUACUAAGAAGCAGCCACCAAUCUGAGCUGCAGCAGAGGAGGGACACCCUUCAGAUGAGUACACGCAUCCCCGUCGCUCCAGCGUUCCGGACUGCCAGUGGGCAGCAGGUCCCGAUUGCUUUCGCGGAGCUGCCGCACCCGGGGUGGCGCACGCACGAGUUCAGGGCUGGGAGACGCUUCGUUCUGGCGUCCUACUACAACGUCGAGGAUCUUUACUACUACAUAGGAUGUGGGAUUGGAGAUUGGACUUCGUCUUGCGCAUCACACCUGCUGGGCCCGUGUGCAUUACCUGGAGUAUCCACAGCCCUUCUCGGCGCAUCUGAAUCCUAG